ACUGGGCCGUCAAAGUAUGGCAGCUGCAGAGGCGGCCGUGGUGUCGUCUUCGUCUUUAGAAACAGACCCAGCCCCUGAAACUGCAGAAAGUGCCGAAACAGCCGCAACAACGGCGGCGACCACGGCAGCAACGGCUGCAGCCGUGGCGGUUGCAGCCGCAGCUAGGACCGGAUGCGAAGCCAGGGUCGUCAAGGCCGCCUUGGCUACUAAGCUGCUGUCCCUUAGCGGCGUGUUCGCCGUGCACAAGCCCAAAGGGCCCACUUCAGCCGAGCUGCUGAAUCGGUUGAAGGAGAAGCUGCUAGCAGAAGCUGGAAUGCCCUCUCCAGAAUGGACCAAGAGGAAAAAGCAGACUUUGAAAAUUGGACACGGAGGGACUCUAGACAGCGCAGCUCGAGGCGUUUUGGUGGUUGGAAUUGGAAGGGGAACAAAAAUGUUGACCAGUAUGUUAUCAGGAUCCAAGAGGUACAUUGCCAUUGGAGAGCUGGGGAAAGCCACUGACACACUCGAUUCUACAGGGAAAGUGACAGAAGAGAAACCCUAUGAUAAAAUAACACAAGAAGAUAUUGAAGGCAUACUACAGAAAUUUACUGGGACAAUAAUGCAAGUACCCCCUCUUUAUUCUGCAUUAAAGAAAGAUGGACAGAGACUUUCAACUUUAAUGAAGAGAGGUGAAGUAGUAGAAGCAAAACCUGCCAGGCCAGUAACUGUAUACAGUAUCUCCCUUCAAAAUUUCCAGCCGCCAUUUUUCACAUUAGAUGUUGAAUGUGGAGGAGGUUUUUAUAUCAGAAGCUUGGUCAGUGACAUUGGCAAAGAGCUCUCUUCCUGUGCCAAUGUACUAGAGCUUACCCGAACCAAACAGGGGCCAUUUACACUAGAAGAACAUGCCCUCCCUGAGGACAAAUGGACAAUUGAUGACGUUGCACAGUCUCUUGAGCAUUGCUCGUCUCUUCUGCCAGCAGAGCUGACACUUAAAAAAUCAAAACCCGAAGAGUCUAAUGAGCAGAUUUUGAGCUGUGAAUAUAUGACUCUAAACGAGACAAAGGGGGAAGAUGAUGUUAAUAAGACAUUCUGAAGUUGACCUGAGAAUAUCAUCAUUUCCUGGUUGACAUUUGAAUCCUGUGUGUAGAUGCAGAAUGACAAGCUACGUGCAAGGGACAACUGAUUCUUCUAACUACUUCUUUUUUUUUUUUUUUUUUUUGCAUGAAUAAAAAUGACCAUCAUUUAGUUUCUAUAGCCUACAAUUUAUUUACUAUACAUUAUGAAAGGAGUUGCACUUGUUCAAUUCUUUUCUAUACUAUCAAUUGUUCUUUUAAGAUAUUUUUAUAUUAAAAAAUGAAUUUGAUUGGAAUUAGGAUAUUGAUGCUGAGUUUGAUUUCUUCAGCCUUUUUCUAUGAAAAAGCUGAACUGAUUUUCUAAGCAAAGAUUUAUGAGCUAUGUGUCUGAGUAGCAUCAUUAAAUGUGAUUUUGAUUUUAUUUGGAUUUCCAUGUGGCUUCAUUGUUUAAGAAUUCUCUAACUCUGUUUGAAAUGGCCAUUACUGAACUCCUUCUUGCCUUUGGAAAGUUUGUUAUUAAAAAACAUUUCCUUAAAAAGACUGUACUCACUCACCUAGUAUUUGCUGUGUGUGUUUAGAUCUUAGAAAUGAAUAAAGUUUUAUAAUAAAUAUUUGUAAAUGAACCAAUCAUUGCUGCUACCACUUACAAUAUGUAAAUAAAAACUAAUAUUGAAUUAAUUUCUCUUCUGUUAGAGUCCAAGACAGCUCCUCCUCCAAUAGCUUUGUGCAGCUGUGUGCUCUUUUUUUGUGUGUGUGAUUUCAUCAACCCAAUCAACUACUUUGUGCCAAAUUACUAAGUAACAUAAUUUUAAAAAUUUAAACUACAGACUGUAUCUUAAGUUAAGGUUUUCUCUGAUCUUUAACUUUUAUUUCUCUCUCUCUCCCUCUCUCUCUCUCUCUCUCUCUCUCUCUCUCUCUCUCUGGUUUCUUCAGUGAUUUGCUCUUUAUAGUGAAGUUUAUAGACUUGGAGAUAGCUGUCCUGUGCAUUCCAGCUGAUCCCUUCUGCUCCAAAUACUUAAAAUUUGUUCAAAUAGCUGGAAAGUUACAAAUCCCUCUUUCCCAUAAUUUUGAAAAUUACAAAAUAGUAAAUAUUAUGUAAUGCAUCCUUCAUAAUUUUGUUGAGAAUGUAAUGUAUUAUGCAACUGAUAUGCAGAAAUGUUUAAUUUCCUCUUCAUUUACUCAAAUAUAAUUUCAAAAGGAAAAUUUUAAAUUUCAUAAAAUUUGAGUUUUGGGAUUUUUAUUGAUUACCUUUCUUCUUAAAGGUGGUUGCCUGCUUGCAACUCAGCAUUUUAACAUUUAAAUUUAAAGUGAUUUUAUUUGUGGUUUAUCUAUUUGUGGUUAAUAUACAAAGUUAGGUGCUUCAGUAAAGCAUCUUCAGCAUAUUGGCAACAUUUGAAAUGAAAAUAUUAAAACUAAUUUUUAGUAUGAGACCCAAAACUGAGCAUACUGAUACUUUGCUGCAUUAACAUAAAAUAACAAACACAUAAAUUUAUAAAUUGAAAAUUUAUUAUUUUAUUCAUUUGUAGUACUCUACAAUUUGUGUCAACCAAAGGUGGCAGUGGCUACCUCUGCCUGUUAAGAGUGGCAUAGGUUACAAUAUGUUUUCAUUCAUUGCCAAAGUCCAAAUUGGGGAAUGUUUCAGUUUUAGAAUAUGGAUGAGGUAGUUCUGCUUUUUUUUUCCAUCUUAAAAAUUGACAUGUACAAUUUACUGAUUAGGAAAAUGUCAAGAUUAUUUGAGAAGGAAAUAACUUCCAAAAAUGAUAGCCAGUCCUUUUCUUUUAUAUUGAAAACAUUGAAGAAAAUUUUCCCAAAUAGAAAAAUUACCUCUAGUCCUUACCAUCCUAAUGCACUAACUUUCAAAGUUUGAUUUUUAUAAUACCAUUUUUUUCCUUUUUGUUCAGAUAAUUAGUCUUAAGUCACCUAUACUACUUAAAAAAAAAAAAAAAAAAACUGGUACUGGGGAUUAAACACAGGGG